UGAAGGUGUUGAAACACAUUGAUGUGUGCAUAUAUGUACAUCAAUAGGAUGCGAAUACACAUUCAAUAUCAAGGACUCUCGAAUAAAUGAGUAAUAUAAGAUGUUGAACUAAUAAAUUUGUAAUAGUGUGAGUAAAGUAUGCUCUGCAGUGCUUUUAAUGGCCGCAUUUUCAUAUCAAGCAGUUCGUUUAGUGAAAAGUAUUAAAAAUAAAACUGAAAUAGUGGUGUUGAAUUACAGAAAUAGUAGUUCCAUAAUGGAUAAAACCGUUUGUUUCACUGGAGUUCAAGACAGUCAUAAUGGUAUUAUUGUUGAUUCUACUAAGGAACCGUGCUCAGCUGAUCGGGUUGCCAAUCGGCUCCAAACAUCUAUUAUGGAAUGGAUAAAUGCAAAUAGAAAAACCAUAUGGUUUAGGGUGGAUCGAUUAAAUGCAGACUGGAUUCCACACUUAGUAAAAGAGGGAUUUUAUUUUCAUCAUGCCAAAGAAGAAUACGUUGUUUUAUAUCGAUGCUUGACGUCUGAUAAGAAUAUUCCUCCAUAUGCUCACACCAAUAUUGGUAUUGGAGCGUUUGUAAUAAAUAAAAAAACUAAUGAGGUAUUAAUAAUUAAAGAAAAACAUGCGAAUCAAGCUCCCAAUCAAAUUAAAUGGAAACUUCCAGGUGGUUAUGUUGAACCAGGUGAAACACUUCCGGAAGCAAUUGAAAGAGAAGUACAAGAAGAAACUGGAAUAAUAGCUAAAUUUAAAUCAUUAGUAGGAUUUAGACAUGCUCAUGGUUAUGCAUUUGGAUGCAGUGAUGUUUACUUCAUUGCUCGAUUAGAACCAGAAACAUUCGAGAUAAAGAAUUGUAGUCAAGAAAUUUCAGAAUGCACAUGGAUGAAGCUUGAUGACUAUGCACAGGAUCCGAAUGUUCAUAAAUUAAAUCGUUUUAUUGCUAAAAAAAUGAUUGAGUGCAUGGAUAAACACAUAGAAAUUGGAUUAAUUCAUGGUCAACGUCCAAAUACUACAGAACCAAUUUGGAUUUAUGCAAUAACCCAUGAAAAUGAAAAAAAUUUACCCAUUAAUAAUUAACAAUACAUUGAAAUCAAAUUAAAUUACAAUUAAAAGUAUGUAUAUGUAUAUUUAUAUAAAUUCAAUAGAAAUCAUGUACGGAAUUAAAAGGAUCUUGUAAGAGAUACUCCAAAAGAUAAUAUAAAAUUAAAUACUUACUUAUUUUAAAUAGUAUUUUGAUAUAAUGAUAAUGCUUUAAUUAAGAAAAAUAGUGAUUGAUAAAUAUUUUUAGAGAAUAAUAAUUUAGGAAUGGAGUCUUGUGGAAAA